CAAUCUGAAGCUCCGCCCCUCGCAGCGCGCGGCGGGCGGGGCUGGAGGCGGGAGCCUGGGAACCGGAAGUCGGAACCCAGCGGCGCGAGCGCAGCCUCUGGGCCAACUGCGUUGUCUUUCCAGCCUCUCCUCUCAGCUCCCCGCCGGAAGUGGAGGAAGAAAGCCUGCAGAUUUGAACCUAUCUCCUAAGCUGCUCAUCAUGAUGAAACUUAGACACAAAAAUAAGAAACCAGGUAAAGGUUCCAAAGGCUGCAAGAAGAGUGGGAAGAAAGCAGCCUUCAAGCUGGUCUCCACCCCCCAGUUGGUUCACUCCAAUGAUCAUACCAACCGGGAGGCUGAAUUAAAGAAGAAGAGGAUUGAGGAGAUGAGGGAGAAGCAGCAGGCUGCCAGGGAGCAAGAGAGACACAGACGCAGAACCAUGGAGAGCUACUGUCAGGAUGUCCUGCGACGCCAGGAGGAGUUUGAGUCCAAGGAGGAAGCUUUACAGGAAUUAAAUAUGUUUCCUCAGCUGGAUGAUGAGGCCACAAGAAAGGCCUAUUACAAGGAGUUCCGUAAGGUAGUGGAAUACUCUGAUGUGAUUCUGGAAGUUCUGGACGCCAGGGACCCGUUGGGCUGCCGCUGCUUCCAGAUGGAGGAGACUGUCCUGCGGGCAGAGGGCAACAAGAAGCUGGUCCUGGUCUUGAACAAGAUUGACCUGGUCCCCAAGGACAUUGUAGAAAAGUGGCUGGAUUACCUUCGGAAUGAGCUGCCAACUGUGGCUUUCAAGGCCAGCACCCAGCAUCAGGUCAAAAACCUGAACCGCUGCAGUGUGCCCGUGGAGCAGGCCUCCGAGUCACUGCUGAAGAGCAAAGCCUGCUUUGGAGCUGAAAACCUCAUGAGGGUUCUGGGGAACUAUUGCCGCCUCGGUGAAGUGCGCACCCAUAUCCGUGUGGGUGUUGUGGGCCUUCCUAAUGUUGGGAAGAGCAGCCUGAUCAACAGUCUGAAACGCAGCCGUGCUUGCAGUGUGGGAGCUGUUCCUGGGAUCACCAAGUUCAUGCAGGAGGUCCACCUGGACAAGUUUAUCAGGCUGCUGGAUGCCCCAGGCAUUGUCCCAGGCCCCAACUCGGAGGUGGGCACCAUCCUGCGCAAUUGCAUCCACGUGCAGAAGCUGGCGGACCCCGUGACCCCGGUGGAGACCAUCCUGCAACGCUGUAACCUGGAGGAGAUUUCCAACUAUUACGGCGUCUCUGGCUUCCAGACCACUGAGCACUUUCUGAUGGCGGUGGCCCAGCGAUUGGGUAAAAAGAAGAAGGGAGGCAUCUAUAAUCAGGAGGAGGCAGCCAAAGCAGUCCUGUCUGACUGGGUGAGUGGGAAGAUCAGCUUCUACACACUUCCACCCGCCACGCACACUCUGCCCACCCAUCUUAGCGCUGAGAUUGUUAAGGAGAUGACCGAAGUCUUUGACAUUGAGGACACCGAGCAGGCCAAUGAAGACACCAUGGAAUGCUUGGCCAAUGGAGAAUCUGAUCAGCUCUUGGGUGACAUCGAUUCGCUUCAAACAGAGAUCAAAUGGCUCCAUUCUCCAGUGAUGAAAAUAGUAGAUGCCUUGGAAAAUAAAACCACCGUGUAUAAGAAUGGAGAGUUCACUGAGUAUUGCAUGAAUUCGAAUGGUCAUCAGAAGGAGUGGGCUAAGCGCAAUGCGGACUCCUAUCCCAGGAACAUCUGCCCAGUGGACCGCCGCCCGAUGGUACAGAAGAUCAUGGAGACAGACCCCCUGCAGCAGGGCCAGGCUCUGGCAUGUGCUUUGAAGAAUAAGAAGAAGAUGCAGAAGCGUACAGAUAAACUCGCCAGUAAGCUGUCCGAUUCCAUGAUGUCUGCCCUCGACCUCUCUGGCAACACUGAUGACAGUGCUGGUGACUGAUCGGCUGAUCUCACCCCCUCCACUCUCCAAGUACUGGUUCCAGUGGGAUGGGGGAUACAGAUGAAAUAAAAUGGUUUGCUUCUCCUUGAAGCACACACACAUGAAAAGAAUCCCUCCACCAUACCUCCCCCACAUUGUUCCCUUCAUUCUCCAGGGAAUAAAAAGGGUCCCAAGUGGCUGGAACUGACCAGCCCAAUGCCUUUUAUUUAACCCCCAUCAUAUUUGACAAGAGACAUAAAUUAUCAUAACAUCUGAUGCUAACAGUUUAUCCCCCACCCUAUAGGUUGGGCUGCUUGAGGAUAGAGGGGGACCAACCCCUCACCAAAUUCUCUUGGACAGCUAAGCAUGCAACUAGAGGCUAGGCUGCUGGUAGACCUGGUGGUCCCUGGAGGGUGAUGAUUUCUUUACCAGUCCACAACAGAGCUUGGCUGCAGGACAUUUCCCACAUGGGCUGCAGACCACGCAUCUUUCACCCAAAUGCACAGCUCUUCACCUGGGUUGCACUGGGAGUAGAGUGAACAGCGAUGAGCCUUGUGUGUCUGGAAGGCUCUGGGGAUAGGACAGGAAGGAGACAACACACAAGCCUGGCUAGUGCUGAAGUGUAAGUGCCACCUUGUUCACACAAAGGGAAAACAAGGCACCAAUUGGGGGGGCUGUUAGGUGUGUUAGGGGCAAACCUCACCGUAGGGCAUAUUUGGGCAGACUGAGUUGGAGGAAUCCUUUGGACUGAAGCAUUCUUGGGGGGGGGGGGCGCCCUUCCUUGUAUGACCAUGGCUCACCCAGCACCAGCAUUUGAAUUUGUGAUUCAAAAGGGUUCUAGUACCAUUUAUUCACAGGCUGCAUCCUCAAGACAGGUGUCAAUUGGGGGUACACCAUCCAACUCCUUUUCUGGUGUCCAAAGUCAUUAUAUCCCAUUAAAAUAUAAUAAGCCACCUCCUUUGGGGACAGACAAGGACAGAGAAGCCCAGUUAGUGUCAGGGGCCCUUGCAAAGGGACUGGGUGGAUGAUGGCAGCAGAAACACCAUCUUUACUCCAUGUGUUGGGUUAAGCACAUGACUUCAGUUCCUAGCCAUCUACCUGAGACUAGACACAUUUGAAGGGAGUGGGCAUUAGAUUGCUUCAGUCUUUGCCCCUCCCCCCCACCUCAAACUUCCAUACCAUCUCUGGACCCAGAGCCAUAUCUUAGCCUUGCCUCUCAUGUUGUCACCCCAAAAUUUACCUCUUCAAAUCCUAGUAACCAUAGGAAGGAUUGGCGAGCCCUUGGCUGCAGGCUGAUUAAUAGGGAAGCGCGGGCCGCUCCCAAGUCCUGGAGCAGCCAGGGCAGAGAAUUAUGUACUGCUUGAGCACAAACCCCCAAACCCUGGAAACCUGUUCACCUCCAUCAACCCUCAGUACCACUCUGCCAGGAAGGGAUUAGUCUCCCCGUGUAGGAAAAAUAAACAGUCUCAUGUAGUUGUCAGGACACCCAUGACAUUAAGUAGUAGUGCCAUUGGAACCCAGGUGUGAUAACCUGCAGCAGGCCACGUUCUCUACAUUGUUCUGCCUCCUCAGCAUCCAUUAAGCACCUGCUGUGUGCCAGCCUUUGAUAUCAACCCUUUAAAUAUAUUCUAUCUUUUUUGGUUUUAAAAAAAUAGGGCCCUUCUAUCGUUUCACUGAGUCUUGGAUGAGGUACAGCUUAUUUCACACUGUCAUCUCCUGGUAGAUGUAUGUUACAAUGAAAAAUUGGGGUGUCAGGACAGCUAAGGCCAUUUUACAACUAUAUGGCAUUUCAUAAUUUAGCAUUUAAAAUAUUUUCUAGUACUCCUAGGAGAUGCUGGUUACUAAGUACUAGAAAUAGGCGGUAUCUUGAUUAAGAAACAGCAUGGGAACAGAAAUUGGCCAAAAUCAGACAGAAGAACUAUAGUCAUUGUCGAGGUAAGAAUAUGGGACUCCUGAUUCUCUACAGCAUAUCAAGUUUUUUAAAAAAAACCCAUUUCUUGAGUUCCCCCUUUACCUUUAGAAUAUAUAUAAUUUACAUUCAAUAAGUGAAUUGCCAAUAUAAAAAUAGUCACGGGGAUGUAAAGUACAGCACAGGGAAUAGACUCAAUAAUAUUGUGAUUAACUUAUGUAUGGUGUCAGAUGGGUAUGAGGUUUAUAAGGGUAAUCACUUCUUAAGUUAUAUAAAUGUCUAAUCAUGGUGUUAUACACCUGAAACUAAUCUAGUAUUAUAUGUCAACUGUAAUAGAAAAACAAAAUUUAAAGAUAUUUAGAAGUUUACUCUUUAUAACUUCUGUGAGUUUGAACAAUAUACACAGUAGUGAACUAGCAUCACAAUUGAGAUACGCAAUAGUUAACAUCGCCCCCCAAAUUUUCAGGCCCCUUUGUAGUCAACCCCCACUCUCACCCUCAGAUCCUGGGAACCACUGAUUGUUUUCUGUCCCUAUAGUUUUGCUUUAGCAUGAAUGUCACGCAAAAAGAAUCAUACGGCAUGUAGGCUGAUUUUAUCUAUAGGUUUUACAUUUUAAAAAAUUUUACAUAGAAUAAAAUUUGCUCUGGUGUACAGGUCUAUAGGUUUUGACAAAUGCAUAUAAUUAUGGAACCAACACAAGGUAUAGAACAGUUCUCUUACCCUCUGAUCACCGCCAAAUUCAUUCCUGCUGCUUUAUAGUAAAAGCCUCCCUACCCCUGACUCCUGGCAGCCCUGAUUUGUUCUUUGUCCUUAUAGUUUUGUCUUGUAGAGAAUGUCAUGUAAGUGGAAUUUUACCAUCUAUAGCCUUCUGAUACUGACUUUUUUCACUAAGCAUAAUACAUUUGAGGUUCAUCAUGUUUCUGAGUUGUACUUUAUUGUAUGGAUGUAACACUGUUUGUAUAUCCAUUUCUCAGUGGAAGUCACAUUGGAUUGCUUCCAGUUUUGAAUGAUUACAAAUAAAGCUGCUACAAACAUCUG